ACUGCGAUCGAACCCGUGGUUGGAGAUCUCCCUACUCAUCUCUGGUAUCACGAAAAGCCGAGCGUUGGAGAUCUCCCUACUCAUCUCUGCUUUGACCUCCUCGGUGACUACUAUCACGCUCUAUGAACAGCAUGUGCCACAUGUUCGCAGUGUCCACCGAAGGUUAUAUUCCACUAGUCGAAUGCCAGUAUGAUAUACUACGUACGGCAUAUAAGGGGUUCGCAAAGUUCAUAUCAAAGACAAUGUUCUCUUGGUAUGCUAUGCAACACCUAUAUGCUCGUCAGAUAGCUAUUAAAUCACAUCGAGGCGACACGACAUUUAAAGAAGAUCAAUUUCUACGAUACGUAAAGAGUGACAACUACUCUAUACCAAUGGCACUUGACGAAUAUCUGUGUUCAAUAGGGAACAUUGACUACGCAACUACUAAAUACCAAGUGCAUUUCCCUGUCUGGCCAAACAAUCAUGGACAUUUUGGACGAGUGACAGAUAAAACUCAUUAUAAAUAUGAAACUUCACUGGCACCACGAGUAUUAUCUCAAGCAAUCUUGGAAGAUCUAAUGUACACGAGGGAUCCAACCCGAAGCCGUAAUUGGAAUCUUCCCGAAAAUCUUCGACCUAUAGAAGAAAAUGCAGGAUUGCCGACUAAAAACUUGCUCGGAUGGUGCAGGUCUACCACUCUCACUACAGAACAGAGAGAAAGUCUCGAAGGGUUAGGAUUAGAUGAAGACAACUUCGAAGCUAGUAUUCUUCAGUUCCAAAUGAAUGAGGGACUUUUCGAGCGUAUUGCUUAUUUUGUAAGAGCUUCAGAGAAGGUGAUAAACCUAUCGAACCAAAUUUCUGAAUCCGUUAACGGAUCUGUUGCUCCAGUAAGGUGGCAGGAGCGUGACGUAACAAAUCCUGAAAAUUUUUCCCGUACGACGGCUUACCUAGAACGAGAAGUCUGUCAAUGCGGACCAGUUCAGGAAGUCACUGAUGAUCGUGCUUUGAUAAUGGCAUUGAGAACCAAAAAAGAGCAAAUUAUUGACAAGCGCUCUUAUUCAUGUUAUGAUUUCGGUGAGUACUUAGCUGUACCCGACACAUGGCAUGACACGAGAAACAAAAUCUUUGAAUUUGGUAGAGCUGAUACAUGGAACAAUUGUACAUAUCGUUCUGCCUAUAGAGGCAAAGACGAUGUUAGGACAUCCUGGAUAAGGAAAGGUUUGUUGAAAAACCAUUAACCGAGAUGACACCACAGUAAAACCGGAAUAUAAAUUAUAUGAUAGGACCAGACCUACCUCAGAAAAGUUAAAUCCCACCACUUGACCGCAUGUUUAAUUCGGGAUUUAACAGACAUGUAUUUGGCAUUAGUAUGUUUCUGAAUGUUUUGUUGAAGGAUGAGGAUAUUUAUGUAUGAAUAAUGUAUGUGUGAAAUCGUUUUUUUGUAUAGAAUAAUUGAAUGUAUACAUUUCUUUACCAAAGAAGGUAUUUUCGUGGUUAAUAAAUACAUUAAUGUACAAUUGUGCUUGGAGGAAGAUUCUUAAUUAAACCAGAAAUACCUCUUGGAAAAAUAUAGAGAUACAGAUAAGUAUAUAAAUCUCAAGAAAAAGUAAUAAAAAUAUAAAUUUCUUCAUUGGAGUGAACAAGUUGAUUGGUUCAUUUGUUCUAUAAAAUAUCGCGAUUUUGAUCUUUAUAAUACUUCAGUACAAUGCAUGCGUUUGUUCCACUAUCAUAUAUUAAUAAUAACAAUAAUAAUAUAAAUGUGUUAAUAGAAACGCGAUGUAAUUGCACCAUUCAAUUACAUUUAAUGAUACCAAUAGUAAUACUCACGAAGAUUUUUUAGUAUUAUAUACUAAAUCCUAAAUUUUAACACUCUGUAGUGUAUGUAUUUCAUAUCUAAUAUUAUUCAAACUUAACAAUGGACGGAUCGGAAGAACUGAUUUCUGGGCUAACUACAUCUCAAGACUCACUGCUCGUUUGAUAUAA